AUGCUAUAUGAUAUAACUUGCAAGCUGACGUUUGCUAAAANNGUACUUGGAGAAGCCCUCUCAGUCAUAACCGGAGGUGGUGAUAUGCUGACGAGUGACGGUCCUCAAUGGAAGACUUGGAGAUCUGCUUUCAACCCUGGAUUCUCGGUGGCCCAUCUCAUGACUAUGAUGCCUACAAUAGUCGACGAUGUGGCUACAUUCGCUCAAAUUCUCCAUAAGCACGCGGUCAAUAACGAGCUUUUUCGCAUGGAACACCAUGCAACUCGUUUGACAAUAGAUAUUAUCGGUAGAGUAGUCCUCGAUGACCACUUCAACUCUCAGUUGGAGGAACACCCGCUUGUCACAGCCUUCGAGAGUCAAGUAAGAUGGAUGAAGAUCNGUCCACCUCUACAAAUCUUCAACAUAUUCCGUCCGUUCGUACAAUGGUGGAACCUACGUCAAAUGGACACAUACGUUGGUAACAUUCUCGAAGAAAGAUUUGUGUCGCGCAACUCCAGAGGCAAGAAGAAACAUGUUAUCGACCUGGCACUCGAAACUUACCUCAAGGAAAACAACGUAAGCGACACUUCAAGACUCGAUCCAAAGUUCAAAGAUGCCGCGUUGCGAAAUAUCAAGAUUUUCAUCUUUGCUGGCCACGAUACGAGUAGCUCAUCCAUAUGCUAUUGCCAUUACCAGCUGAGUCAAAAUCCAACAGCACUUGCUCGACUGCGAAAGGAAUGUGAGGAUAUCUUUGCUACGGAUGUGAGCAAGACUGGUGACAUGAUCAAAGCCGACCCGUAUCUACUCAACAAGAUGAAAUACGGAGACGCAGUUGUUCGGGAGACACUAAGGAUUUUCCCUCCUGCAAACACUGUCCGCGCCGGAGCCGAAGACCACAACCUUGGCCACCAAAUGAACAAAAAUAUCUGGGGCGAGGACGUUCACGCUUUCCGCCCAGAACGCUGGCUCGUCGACGAAACAACAUCCAAGAGUGCAGCGGAUCGUGAUGCCUUCAUGGCGUUUGCCAAAGGCUCUCGCAACUGUAUUGGUCAAGAGCUUGCAAUGCUGGAACUGAAAAUGGUCCUGGCCAUGACGAUACGCCAGUUUGACUUCAAGGAGGCAUUUGUAGAAGUCGAAAAGCUGAAGAAUGACGGCUCGGGCUACCCGAGUAGCUUGAGUGGCGUGCAAGAACAGUUUGGUGAGAAGGCCUAUCAGAUUCAGCUGGGUACCGCAAAGCCGAGAGAA